GCCGGGAGGGGGGGGGGGAUAUGUCACUCUUGCCUCACUUCAAAACUUGAGAGCCCUGGGAAUGUCAUUGACGUCUUUUGUCACCUUUAGCUUUUAUGUCAUUGCAGAGAGCCUUAAUCCUCUAAAGCAGAUUUAGAAUGAGCUCAGGGGCAUAUUCAGGAGAAUAUAUGUAUUUGUGAAGUGUCCUUUUAAGUUCUGUUAUGAAACCUAUUUGGCUGUGGUAUCCUGAGAAGGGAACUAGAGCCGCUAAGCCCGCUGUGAACAGUGGUGGCGGGAAUGGCAGGAGCAGCGGCAGCGGCGUUGCCAGCCAGACCUGGACACUUCCCAGCCUGCGCUGGGUGUCAGGCAAGGAGCCCCCGCAGGGUGGCCUCAACCUCAACCACGUCCCUGCCAGCGACGGAGUCAGGGCCCGCAACUCCAACCCUGAGAAAGAAGCAGAGGAGUUACCGUCAGGCACAGACGAAAAUAUCACUGCUCACUUCUCUGAGGCCAAGCCGCCUGGCCGGGGCCUCAGACAUCACCGGUGCGACCUCCGUCAGGACAGCCGGAAGCUCCCGAGGUGCCGGGCCAUGAAGUCGGCCCUCUGUCACCACAGAGAUGCGCCCGCGGAGCCGUCUGAACCCGUGCCUGAGAAGGCUCCCGUGCUCAACAAAUCAUUCAUCUCCCAAGUGCCAUUAAGACUACAGAUUAAAGUGAACGGGCAGCGCGGGAGCCUGGGCAUCAGCAUCGCCGGAGGAAAGGGCUCCCUACCGUACAAGGAGCAUGACGAGGGCAUCUUCAUCUCAAGAGUGUCUAAAGGCGGUCCUGCAGAGAGGGCAGGGGUCCAUGUUGGAGACCGAGUGCUGGAGGUCAACGGCCUGGACAUGCAGGUGGUCACCCACCACGAGGCGGUCAGUGCCCUGAGGAAUGCUGGGAGCUGCAUCAAGAUGAAGGUCCUGAGGUCGCGAGCCCUGCCGCCCGAGCUGUGUGCCCUGGCGGAGGACCCCGUCAUUAGGGAGACGGGGCUGGUGAUCGGCAAACAGCAUGACCCUGGGAACAGCAGCAGCGGAGGAGGAGGAGGAGGUGGUGGUAGAGGUGGAGGGAGCAGCCGGCCCCAGCCCAAGCAGCCCAAAGUGGAGCCGGCGGCCUUGGACUACAGCCUGAGCAAGAGGAUAGAGGCCGUUGUGAUGUGCAAUGGAAAUGGAGUGAACUGGUCCACCGCUGAACCGGGCCAAGGCCGAUCCAUGAAGGACACCGGUGCCUCGUUCAAAAACAAUGCCCUGCAGGUCAUGGAAAACACCAUUACGAUACCCCGGAUCAUCCUCACGCAUCCGUCUACCUCGGAUGAGGACAUUGAGCCCCUCACCCCGAGCGCUGAUGAGGGGGAUUUGGACGACUUGGAUGACCCGGACUCUCACCUGUACUCGGAGUGUUUGAGCAGCGCCUUCCAUCCCCCCUGAGGUGCCCGUGAGCACGCACAUGUCCAGGGGAGGGAGGCCACGGCGGCGGGGUGCGCCUCUUCUUUUCCAAAGGUCUUCUGGGAAGGGAUUUAUUGCUGCGUCUGUCAGUCU